AUGGUUUUGCCGGACCACACACUAACCCCCCCGGGGCGAGACAAGCAACCCUUUCAGUUACGGAUUUCGCUUCAACGCACCAGCAGCAUCAUGGAGCAACGACGGCCAACGACGUUCGAAGAGUUCUCGCGACAACGCGCCGAGUUCCUAGUCCGCGAACAGGACCGUGGCCUUGGGUCCGAUCUCGUGCUCAGUGCGGACGAGCAGCGCCUAAACCGGUACGUGAUGCAGCUGAAGCAGCAGGAACUGGCCAAGGGUGUCGAUAACCCGCAAGAGCUCAUCUCCGGUCGGCACUUCUUCGAAAUCCUGGACCGCAUCAAUGGCGAUCCACUGUUCCGGUUGAUCCAGAAGAUGCCGAAAGGUGGCAUCCUGCAUGCCCACGAUACGGCCAUCGGUAGCCGGGAGCUGAUAGUGCGUGCGACACGCCACGACCAUCUGUGGCAGUGUGGCAACGUUACCGAUCGUUCGGACGCUGAUCCGAUGCCGUCAUUCAAGUUUGCCCGCUCGAAACCAACCGUGGCGACGGAUGGGAAGGGCGAAUGGUGCCUUGUGGCGGACGUGCGGAAGUCGAUCGGUGACGAAGCGUACGAUGAAGCGAUCCGCAAGAUGUUCACGCUGUACACGCCGGAUCCGCUGAACGCUUACCGUGACAUCAAUGACGUGUGGCGCCGGUUUAUGGCGAUGUUCAUCAGCUUCGAACCGAUGGUUACGUACCGGCCGGUCUGGGAGGAGUACUUCUACGGUUCGCUCGAGGAACUGCUGGCCGACAAUGUGACGUACCUGGAGUUCCGUGGACUACUACCUCCGGUGUACGACUUGGACGAUCGACGCUACGGCCCCGAAGAGAUCGUCCAGAUGUACGUCGAUCAGUCGGCCAAGUUCCUGCGGGCCCAUCCCCAGUUCCUAGGAGUCAAGUUCAUCUACGCACCGUUGCGCUUCUGCGACGAUGCCACCUUCGAUGGAUACCUGGAGCUCGUCCAGAAGCUGAAGUCACGCUUUCCCACCUUCAUCGCCGGCUUCGAUCUAGUCGGCCAGGAGGACCUUGGCCGACCGCACACCGACUUUAACGAGCGUCUGCUUCGUCUGUCGCCCGAAAUCAACUUCUUCUUCCAUGCCGGCGAAACCAACUGGAGUGGCCGACGCGAUGAAAACUUGGUCGAUGCCAUCCUGCUCGGUACGAAACGUAUCGGACACGGAUUCGCCGCCCUAAAGCAUCCGGCCGUACUGGAGGAGAUCAAGCGGCGCAACAUCUGCAUCGAGCUGAACCCGAUCUCUAAUCAGGUGCUUAAGCUGGUGCAGGACUUCCGUAACCAUCCGGCGGCUUUCUACUUUUCCGACAACUACCCCGUCGUCGUAUCGUCCGAUGAUCCCUCGUUCUGGAGUGCGGCACCGCUCAGUCACGAUUUCUACGUCGCGUUCAUGGGCCUAGCCUCGGCUCGGGCUGAUCUACGGUUGCUGAAGAAGUUGGCCCUUAACUCGAUCGAAUAUAGUUCGAUGAGCGUCGAAGAGAAGGCUUCGGCAAUUGAACGUUGGACCGCGGCCUGGAACACGUUCGUUCAGGAGGCACUGCGAACGAUACCGACCGAGAACUGAACCGGUCUUUGGCCGCCGAUGAUGCCGACGUUAACAGUAUUUCUUUUCUGGCAAAUAUUUUACACAAAUAAUACACCAAAAACGAUCUCCUCAUCAAGGACUUUCCAGUGACUUCGUACCGUUCCGUGAGACUCUUUCGUUAGUGCCAUUUUCAGACUUCAUCCAUCUUCUGACGCUCGGACCAACCCACACCACUCCACUCAAUCUAACACUCAAUUAGUAGAAUGUGCCAACCGAGGAUUUCUGAGUCCGUGUUCUCUUGGUGCUGGCCUUCAACAUGGCCUUCACCGUGUUGGACCAGCGCACCCCAUACCCAUAUGUUGACCAUAAAAUCCUAUGUUUAGCAACGGAAUGGCACACACUCUUGGCCACACUUUCGCCCCAUCGCCAGAGCCUGGUGGGUAUCGGUUACAGCCAGAGAGGUGGAGUGUGUCCAGUGGUGUUAAAAGAUGCUCUCCCGAUGACGCGACCAUAGCACGACGAGCGGUCAGAGCUCACCCGCAAUGGUCCGAAAGAAUCGCCUUCGAAACCAUCAACAAAUUGGCCCUCUCGCUGCUCUUCCGAGUCCAUUCCGAGUCCAUCUCGUGCACGAUGGGCAACCAGAUGAUGCUGAUGCGAUGUUGCUGGGUGAAGACGUUCGCCAAGACGUUCCAUUCCGUCCGUCCGUCCGUCCGUCCGUUCGUCCUUUCCAGCGUCCGAGAAAGAAAACGAAGUUGAGGGAGGAAAUGAAAAUAUCGUUACAUUAUGAAGCGACCAGCAACGACUUCGGAAUGAGCAGGACGUGCCCCGACUGACCAAGCACGACCAUCGAGGAGUCAUUUUGUCGUUGUGGGUUCGUUUACCACUGACCACUGCUACCACCGCUACUGCUACUACCACCGGGGUCCAAUCCGGGUGAGGGGCUGAGCCAAUCAUAUAUCACCAUGGUCCUGGAGUAAGGCAAAGACCCUCCACUAGGGAGGGAAGGAUGUGCGGUGCGGUGCGGUCCAUUCGCCGAUUUGUUCCGAGCGAUGGAGAAACCGGGCAGGACCCGGGAUCGGGCGGAAAAAAUAUCGAGCGAAAGAAACGUGACGACAUUUCACAUACAUUUUUUCCACGUCGUCGAUAAAUCACGAGAUUCACACCUCGGGCGCGGUGUAGUGAGAAAGAGAGAGAGGCCAGGCGGCCGCCUGGAAUGGCUGGUCUUACCGCCGGGCAUAAAGUGAUUGGGAGUGUUAUUUAUUAACUAAUUGCUGGAAUCCGUCAUUUGAUUACUCGGCUCGGCGAUGCCAGCGUGGCCCGGCGUGUCGUGGAAGUUCGUCGGUUGCCGGAAAUGGCAUAAGAUGCUCGCUUUAAGAUGGUGCGUUGUGAGUUUAAUAGCACGGAUAAUUGGGCCACUUAACGCAAAACAGAUGUUACGUUCAGAAGUGUAUGCGGGUAUGUUUUUCACUUUUUUCAUAAUUUCCAUUUUC